GGGGCAGAUUAGUUCAGUAGUAUCAGUCGGAGCGAACCGUGGACAUGUCUAACACGAUGGAGGACAGAUGUGGAGGAAGUGUUGCUAAAGACAACAGAACAGCAACAGACAGGGCGGCUUGCACGGAGAACCUAACAGAGACCGAUGCCUUCAUCAGAAGCUCUUUACUCUUGGAUCCUGCAGAGGAGUACAAGAUGGACAACAAACGACGAGGCCUCGCGCUCAUCUUCAACCAGGAGCGCUUCUUGUGGCGCCUGGGGUUGAACGACAGGCACGGGACCAAUGCUGACCGCUACAACCUGGAGAAAAGACUGAAUGAGCUAAACUUUGAAGUGAAGACUUAUGAUAACUACAAACUGGUGGAAGUCUUAGAAAAAAUCAGUGAAGCCGCAGAGGCCGACCAUUCGGACGUAGACUGCUUUCUGCUGGUCUUCCUGAGCCACGGCGAGAAUGACCACGUUUACGCCUACGAUGAAAAGAUCAGCAUUCAGGACAUCACUUCCCUGUUCAAAGGAGACCGGUGCAGAAGCCUUGUGGGAAAGCCAAAGAUCUUUAUAUUACAGGCGUGCCGCGGAGACAAGCACGACGAUCCAGUGACCGCCUGCGAUGCCGUGGACAGCGAGUUGAAGACGAAUGAGGUGGUGGUGGACGCCAGCGCCGUGCACACCCUCCCCGCCGGGGCCGAUUUCAUCAUGUGCUACUCUGUGGCUGAAGGUUACUAUUCCCACCGAGAGACCAUAAACGGCUCCUGGUACGUCCAGGAUCUUUGUGAGCUGCUUCAGAAGUACGGGAGCUCCCUGGAGUUCACGGAGCUGCUCACGCUGGUCAACAGGAAAGUGUCGAUGAGGAGCGUUGGGAGCAGUAGCGACCGCAACGCCAUUGGGAAGAAGCAAGUGCCUUGCUUUGCUUCAAUGCUCACCAAGAAACUCUACUUCCGACCAAAAAAGUAACAGCGUCAGACCUCAGUCAGAGAGUGAGCGGCUCUUCUGUUACUGCCAGGCAGAAUCAAGGCAGGUCCUCAAGAAUUUAGCUGUUUUUCUUUAGUCCUCUACUGUAUGUCGAACACUAUUAUUCACAUAUGCAUUCACUAAUCAGCUAAUUGGCAGCAUACAGUGAAAUACAUGGCUGCAAAAUAGCAGGAACGACUUGAAGAAAUAGGAAAAUUUCAUUCAUGAAAAAUCUGGUCAGUGGAAAUGGUGGUUUCAUUAAUCAUGUAACGUUUCCUCUGGAGAAACCAGAUUUCUUAAACUAGUUUAUACUGGGUUUUCAGGUUUUUGCAUUUGCAUGACAGAGAAUGAAGAUGGGGGAAAGCACCUGUGGCAGCAGGAGGGGGGAGGUGGAAGAGAAAUCUGAUAAACAUGCUGCAGUAUCUGAUUUUCUUGCUUGUUUGAGUCAGAAACCUCAAAUCAAAAUCAAAGGUAAUUUUUGAGACAUAACUUAUGGUUUUGUUGUAUUGGACUAAAUUAUGUUUAAGGUGUUCCUGUUAUUUUGUCCAACCCCUGUAGAUCAUACACAUUUUGCACUUUGAAGAAAUUGCCUUUAAACUGCAGGAUAAUUAUGGACCACGCUCUGUGUUAGCGACUUUUCUGAGCCGGUUGUCACAAUUUUUUGCUUGCUUGUUUAUUCCACUUAAAAACUCUGUGGUGCGACCCAAGUGUUGCCUCAGACUGCAGCUGGCUGGUUUUUCUUAGAGGGAUAGUUUGGAUAUUUUGAAAUGGGGCUGUAUGAGAUACUUAUCCUAAGUCAGCGUAUUACCCCCAGUAGACGGCGGUCAGCACACCCCCAGUUUGGAGAAGCAGCAGGAAGUGGGAAGCUAAGUGAUGAACUGUUGUGGACGGAGGCAGCAGCAAAACACGUUUUAGCCACCUUAAAGAGAUCAAUAUCAGUUGAAGUGGAUGAUACAUUGAGAAUAUUUUCCCUGCUUUACCUUUGCUGUCAGACAUUUUUUUUCUGAUGACAAACUGAAGCUGUUAUGUCUCUCUCUCCAAAGCCACCAGACCUCUUUGACAAAACAGCAAUUUUACUUUGCAGAACAUGGGAUUCACUGGUCUACAGCUGCCGCUGUCAGUUAGUUUGUUUGUGUUAUUGUGUGACUUUGGUGUUUUAAAAGGUUAGUUCAGAUUCCCCGAAGUCACACAAUAACACCAACAAACUCACCACUCGAGGCAGCGGUCAGCCGAAACUCCUGUGUCCUGUGAGGUAAAAUUACUGCUUUUGUCCAAGGAGUCUGGUGGCUUUGAGGAGAGCGAUGUAACAGCUUCAGUUUCCCCUUGGAAAGAACUCUCUGAUGGCAAAAAUACCUAGCAUCCAUUUGAACUGACAUCUGCUGCAGAUAAUAGACUAAUAUGGGUGGGUACCUCAUACAAACCCACUUCAAAAAAAACUUUAAUGAUCCCUUUAACAAGCCAAAAAGACAGAACAUUCCUGGUGACCCCACACAGGGAAGCGUUCUGUGGACUAAAGGAAGCCGGACAUGUUAGCUGACUCUGUUUUUUCUGUAAAGUCAGCUGCAUCUCUGUCUACAAGCCACACAAACACUUUCCAACUUACUGCACCGCGAGGCAGGUGAACUAACAGCACCACCAGGCACUUGUAAUGAUUGUGUUCACAUCAGGAUUCAGUAGUGAAUCAUCUCUGCGACUAUCAAUGAUCAGGUAAUCUCUCUCAGACUAUCCAGGCACCGUGUCAACAUGCUGUUUGUCUUCAAGCUCGCUCCAUCAAAAAGGGAAUUCAUGUUUGUGCUGUUCUUUGUGUUGUAGCAGUUUACAGUACGACAUUUAACGAUGCGUAUUUGCACCCAAAAUGACAACAAACAUCAGUGUGGGGAGUAGCUCAGGGAGGAGGGGUGUUAUUUUUUUAAAACUGCACUGUGGACUUCAAACACUUCUAGCUGUGUCACACGAUCUACAACUCAGGAAAACAAAGCUGCAAGCAUACAUUGAUCCUGUGUGUGUUCUGUGUUCUGUUGUGACUUUGUAUAAUAAAAUCUUGUGCAACA